GUAUUUGAAUUGCAACCGGCAUAUUGUGAGAAGUUGGUGUCUAGAGCGUUUUCCAAGUACAACGGAAAUUUCCAUUUGGAAGUGAUUUUAUCAACAUAUUUUGGGUUUAGAAGUGAGUUUUGCUAUUUGCUUGCGCUGGAAUAACUUGUGGUCGUGAAAUAGUGGAUAAUUUCGUGAUAUUAGCUGAAAUCAACGACUUUGUCUGAAAGGCGAAGGUCGAGAAAAUUCGGUUAAGGAUCUCAUCUGUUGUGUCUCGCAACGAAAAGGGAUUUAGAUUCGAACAGAGGAACACCUGUUCUCCGCUUGGAGUGACUUCAGUGGGCGAACGAGCAGUUGCGCGAAAGAUAAAGUCACAGAGCCAACAUGACCGCGAAGGAUAUCUACUACUCAGACAAAUAUUACGAUGAACAGUAUGAAUACAGACAUGUCGUCCUGCCAAAAGAACUGGUCCGCCUCGUUCCUAAAACCCACCUCAUGACUGAGAGCGAGUGGCGUUCCCUUGGCGUACAACAGUCCCGCGGUUGGGUGCACUACAUGAUCCAUCAGCCAGAGCCCCAUAUUUUACUAUUUCGACGACCAAUCACAACACAACAGAAAGUUGCUUAAAUCCGUCAGGCCGACAAUGAGCAGCUCCUUGAUUUUUAUCUAGUUCUUACGAUUUAUUAUUAUACAAACUACUGUCGUAACUCACUUUACUUUUAAGCAACCACCCCAAAUGUACAUAAAACUUUAUUAUUAGUUCUUACAAUCUCAAUACGCUAUUGUUUACAAAAAUCGUAACAAAAAAUAAAGCAAUCAAAAAGAGUAACAAAUUAGUUCCCCACUAGCUUUAUAGGAGCCAACGAAAGGACAUAUCAAGAUGUAGAUGAUGUCAUAUAAUCAGAGUGUCUUGACACCGAAAAUUCCUUUGGUUGUAGUUUUCUUUUGUUUCCAAUGUUUCAUGCAUAAGGAUAACCCCCACGCAGACUCGGCAACGAAGUCGGAACUGUUAAUUAUAAACAAAAAGUGAUUAUUUCGAACCUGAUAUUCGUAAAUGCCAUUUUAUUUUUAUAAUAUCUAGCUUUUAGUUCGCCUAUGUAAAUUUGAAUGAUGGAGAUUUUUUUACUGUUUAAUUUCCGUUUUACUCAAUUUUCCACAGAUUAUUUGUAUUAAUGUGUUGAGAAUAGAGAAGAGUACAUCCUUUAAAUAUAUGUGUAGCAACUAA